GCAUGCACACACACGAGACGCGACAUUUUGAUACGGAACUUUUCCGUGUAUUGAUUGCCAUUUGCCAUGCCACUUGCCAGUGGGAACUCAGAACUUUGAAGUGGAUAUUUAUUUCAAAGCGUACAUGAUUUAUUUUCGCUAACAUGUAUUUUCGUCAGACAGGUUGUGCGUUCAUGUAGUUAGAUGCAUACGUAGGCAGUUAUAUAUAUGUGAAUUGUUUUCAGCGGCGAUGGCAAUGCCUGAGCAGUUUUCAUUGCGUUGGAAUGAUUUCCACGCAAACUUGUCCCAGUCUUUCCAAGCUUUGUUGGAGGGCGAAGACCUAGUAGACGUGACGCUGGCGGCUGGUGGUCAGUAUGUCCACGCUCACAAGCUCAUCCUCUCAGUAUGCAGUCCCUAUUUCAAGGAGCUAUUUAAGAUGAAUCCCUGCGAGCACCCAAUAGUAAUACUAAAGGAUGUAGCUCACCAGGAAUUGCGACAGCUUUUGCAAUUUAUGUACCGUGGAGAAGUCCACGUCAGACAGCAAGAGUUGUCUGCUUUUCUUCACACAGCAGAGCUGCUGCAAGUCAAAGGGCUUACGGGCGGUAGAGAGAGAAGUGAAUCACCUCCUGCACCAGUGGAAGAAGAUAUACUAAAUGCUCCUAUGCCACCUGAACCUAUUGGUGAUAGUUUGCCUGAAUGGGUACCAUCAAAUGAUGAAGCGAUCCCUCCUGAAGUCUCGCAAGAAUCUGCUAGCUCUCUAGUCCCUAAAGACGAAGCUGCUCGGAGCCCUUUGAAAAGGUUGUUGAAGAACACUACAAACAAAAACAGUUACAACAUCAAGAAGAAACCACGGCCCGUGAGCGAUAAUAGCCCUUCGCUUGCUGAAAACACGGAAUACUCCUCUGACGGUGAAUUAAUGAUCGACUUUGACAACGAUAUGCUUCACAAUCUGGUUUCGGCAGAUUCAGCCAAAGAGUCCGGAUGGAACUGCAAAACGGGCGGGGUUAAAUGUCCGUCUUGUCACCGAUUUUUCGCGAAUCGAUACAAUCUGAAAGUACAUAUUCGGGACAAGCACGACACAAGAGAAGGAACUCUGCAGUGUGACAUUUGUCAGAAACGUAUGCGCAACCCAUCGUGUCUCCGUGUCCACAUGUACCAUCAUCGCAAGCAGGCCGCCUACUUGGCACAGCUCAGUGCCCAAGGAGACCAAAUGAGGCACGUUGUACAAAACAUGGUUGGAAAUAAAUGGCGCCCGGAUCCCAACACUGAACUGCGAGAUGUCGAUAAUUACCCAGCGUCAGGAGCCAUGGAACUGAAGUACCAGCCGGCUGGCGACGCCCCGUUGCCGGCAGUGGCCGAGGCAACGCUUCCGAAAGUGGGAGCAAAUGUGGAGACGGCAUGAUUAGCACCCAACCCUGCGGUCGCAGAUGACGAUUACGUGGACCCACUAACCUUGGCUGCUAUAUUCACUCAACAGUUCCGCUGGAACGCAAAGCUCAUUUUCGGUCGUGUCAACAACAGGGCUCCUAAUAAGUGAAUUCGGAUCACAGGGUGAAUAUAAUUUUACAAUACUCUAUUCUACGGUUCAGUUUUAAUUUCUCCAUACACAUUUUUUAAAUCUUUAUUUAUACUUUUGACAAUUUUUAACAAUAUUUUAAGAUUAUUGAAGCUCUAUAAUUUUCUUUUUAUCUCUACUUGCCAUAUCGAACCGUAAAGAUGUAUCAAUUGAAUACUUAAUUUUAACAAGUGUCACACUCUUUAACCAUUAUUAUAUUUAAGGGCUCAAUAGCCGAGUAUAUAUUAUAUAAUUAAUACGUAUAGUUUUAAGAUUUAUAGUACAUAAAUAAUUACGUUUUUCUUAUCAUGCCAGCAUUGUAUGCAGCUGUGCUGUUGAGUUGAAUAUAUUAUUUACAAAGCAUUCCACCACAUGAUUUCCAAAGACUGAAACAACAAUAAAAUACGCAAGAUUAAUCAUUGUAUUGUAAUAAUUUACAGGGUGCGUUAGUGACGUAUUUAGUUAUAAAAUAAGUCUUCAAAAGUUCAAAAUUCAAUAUUUUUUUGAAAAAAAAAAAAAACAUUUUAUAGAGCUCAUCAUAGUUAUCGAGAGAAUUUAUAUAAAACGCACCCUGUAAUCUAUAAUAGUUUAUAAGUAACGGUUUUGUGCCGCCUCGAACGAUGUAGUUGUUUUAAUCAGAUUUAUGGUAUCAAAUAGUGUAGCUAGAAUCUCGAAGCGUCCGUGACGGAUCUUUUUUUUUUAAUUUUAUUAUUGACGUAUAUUUUUUGUUCACGACUUUACAAGCAUACUGUAACUUUAUGACAUUUACACCCUUUCAAAGUGCAUUUAAAACACAGUAUAGUUUUUAAAUAGUAUGUACUAAUAUGUUUGACAAGCUGUUCCAAGUACAAUUUAUUUAAGGCAGCUUUGUCAUUUAGUUUCUAACAUAUAAUGUUGCCAUUCCCAAUACAAAUGUACAAAGAUAUUAUCAAAAUUUAGAUUUUUUCGUAGUAAAUUUAUCAUGAAUCACAAAAAGGAAAGAUUUUAAAAGCAUUACCUUACAGUACAAAAUACCUUAUUGUGUAUAUUAAUCAUUUAUAAAAUAUAUGCUUUAGUUAGUAAUUUUAAGAGUUUUAUGAUAAGAUCACAAAUUAGUUUUUUUUUUAUUAAUAGAACAGUUUUUUACGUACAAUUAUUUUUAGUCUGAUUAAGAUUUUUUAUAUAAUUAUAACACAAGAGUUUUAGGUAUAUUUUAUUGAAAUUUUUAUGUACCUCAUUUGACUGUUUUAGUUUUAUUAUUAUUUUGUCCACCAUAAGGUAUAAAAUGUACAAGACUUUAGGUAAUUAUCGUCAAUUCUCUGAAGUAGGAUUUAAUAAACAUAUAAUAAUAAAACUUAACGAAAUACUAAACAUAAGUAAAUUUUGAUGAUGUCAAUAUUUAUUUAUGGUGUCAUUUAUAACCAUAUUAGAUGCACAAAGUUGUAUAUUGUUUUAUAACAUAAGUUGACCCGAAUUUUGUAACCGCUUUGUGCCAAAAAUUGUGUUGUAGUUGACUUGUCUAAACUAUUGGAAUUUUUAAACUAAUUCAGAGUUUCUAACGAUAUUUUCCUAAAUUCCUGACAUAUGGUGAAUUAGGACCGCAAAGGUGUAAAUUGUUUUGAGGGGAUGCUUAAAAAGUGUACUCUUAAUGAUGAGUACAUUUUAAUUUUUCUACAUUUUUAAUUACUGGUUAAUAAUUUAAUUUGAAGGUCAUCAUCAAAUCAAAUUCGGAAAAAAAAUACCAAUUUCACUAAAUUGUAAUUUAAUGUAACAAAAAUAUACAUGGCUUGUUUUUAAAAUGUGCCAAAUUCAUUUACAUUAUUAUGAGAGUAGACUUGUUCGGUAGGUACUGUUGACAUAAUUGCGGUAGAAGUUAAAUGUACCUUAUUGUAUUUAAGCACCCCUUCAAAAUGGUUAAUUGUACAUUCCCAAUAUUACGACCAGCUUGUCAAAUCAAUAACGCUAAUAUUAAUGCGAAGGUUCGAUUUUAUUUUGGACCUUCGGGUUCGUUAUACUCAGCGUUCAAUAUAGCUUUAAUUUUAUCUAUUCGUCCCAUCGUUGGAAAUCGGAAAUAAUUAUAGUCAAUAGCUCUCUUCAAUACGUAUGUAGGAGUAGUAUGUUUCAUAAUGAAAAAUAGCAUACAAAGUUUUCCAUUAUUACGACUUGCUUUAUGCCGUCCGUAAAAUAUUUAACCACUCAAAACAUGGACCCAGAAUAUUUCUCUAUGGUUUAUUAAUCUCAAUUGUCAAACUAUGCCGCCUUUAUUUUAACUGCUGAAAUAUUUGUCAAUUGGGACAUUUUCAUUAUAUUUUCCCAAGAGCUCAAUAUUUUGUUGUGACUUUACAGUACCUCUAUCGUCAUAGGAUAGGAUACAAUCAUAUUAUUAAGAUAUAUCAACAUUUUCCGCGUAUAUAUCUAUGGCGGCGUACUAUAUAACAUUUGGAAAGUUAUAAUGACAUAAUAAAUUAAAUUUUUGAUGUGUUAUUAUUAAAAAAAAUAAAUUAUAUUAUCGUGGUUUGGGUUAUCUAACCAUUAUUAAUAAGGGGUAAUAGUACUAACAAUUAUUAUUCAUUGAUAAGGUUUUUUAUAUGUAUACAUUCCAUUAGUUCGUAAGUUCAUAAUCUACCUGAUAAGGUAUAAGUAUUUUAACAUAUAAUAAUUUUUAUCAAUGUGCUCGAGGAGUAAAGUAACUUUUACUUUUUUUAUAUUCCAAGGAGAUUAUUUUAGUGUUUACGUGAGCGACAUUCCAUCUUGGUAGCUGUAUUAUUAUUUUAGUGUUUAUACUUAUAUAAAGCGAUAUUUUUUACCAAAUUUUUUUUAUACCAAUGCUCUUUUAUAUUAUAAGGGUGCAACUUUCAAUUUUUUUUCAUGAUUUCUUGACUCACAUGAAACUAAACUUAAAUGGAUUAGUUACGUGGUCGGCGCCAUUUUUAAUUAGGUUUAAUGUAGUUUUUGGUGAAAAAACAAUACUCAAAAUGUAUGGCCAAAUAGUUAAGUUGUAAAUUGCAAACUUUUUGCAAUAAAUACACAAAACAUCACAAACAUGUAGUCUGCAAUCUGUAUCAAAUAUAAACUAAUAUUAUUAUUAUUAUUAUUUCUAAUUAUACACAUUGACACUUUACAUUAUUUAUUUAUAUUCUUAUGUAACUUUGCACACUUUCAUACCACUAUGGAACUUUUACUUAUUUUCCUGACGUACAUACAUAAAUCGGUAUGGUAUGUUUAUCAUUUAUUUUGCUAAAAUAAAUGUAAACAUCAAAUCAUCUUGAUCAAUAAAAGAUCAUUUAAAACAACAAUAACAGUGACCGUAAAGAAUACGGCAUAAUUAUUGACAAUAGUAUAUAUCUAUACUAAUAUUAUAAAGAGGAAAUAUUUGAUUAUUUGUUUGCAUUGAAUAGUCUCCGAAACUACGGAAGCGAUUUGAAAAUUUCUUUCACUGUUAGGAAGCAACACUAUAUAUAAAUUAUAUUAUAUCACCGUGAAACCGCGACACCGCCUACUAUUUUUUUUUAUAAAAUUAUAUCAUAUAAAUAUUUAUUUCAAAUUAUGCAUAUAUAUUUUAAAUCAUGUAUUAAUUGAACAAAUGAAUGUAAUUUGUUUUAUAAUGUAUAUUUUAUUGUAUUUAUUAAUUUAUGAUUACUUCUUCAUUAAACUUCAUUGAACUUGUUUCAUAUGUAUAUUUAUCUAGUCAGAAACAAACGAAUAUAUAUACAGAUUGUUGAUUACAUUUUGUGACUUUGACCAAAUAUUAACGAUUGUUCUGAAUAUUUUGACAUUAUUUAUUUUACUGUAAUUUGAUUUGAACACUUUGGUUCUCUUAUAUUACCAUGCUCUUCUAUGUAGUUUAUUCAUUGUUAACAUAAUGUACCAUUUAAUUAAUAAUGAUAAGUGCUCAAAUUUCGAUGUCUAUAUACACAAUUAUUCCAUGUCAAUUUAGUAAUAACGAUUUAGUAGUUUGUAAGGGUAUAGAGCGCAUUCAUACUUUCGUAUUAGUGUGCUUUUCCAAACUUGCUCAUAUUUACAUAGAUACACCUGAUUGAUAAAAUCAGGUUCUUAAAAAUGCACCAUGAUAAGUAAAAUAAUGAAUCUUUUACUGGAUUAGUUGGAGACGUCAUCGAAAACUUAUGCAUACAUAUGCGUAAGUUUAGUAAUUUAUUUGUGCUAAGAUAAUAAUGAGUCAUUGAGAAGAAGAAAAAUAAAAAGUAUUAUUGACAAAAUGACAAAUAUUCUUUAAGUUAUCUAAGAAAUUAAAUUUAUUAUACAUUUAUGAAUGCUCUCUAUAUAGUAUUUGUAAUCUCAUUUACUAAUAUUAUCAGAAAUAUCUCAGUUUCGUCGUUUCUCGCCAUAUUAUAACUGUAAUAGGUGUCACGUAGUUUUGUAAUUGCUAACAUGUGUAAUGUUUAAGAUAAUCACACUCAUUAUAAUUACACUUCUCUUACUCUAUCAUAAUCAGGGUAAAAUAGCUUCUAAUAGGUAUAUGUAUAUAUUUGAAAUUUAAUCUUUGUAGUAUUAAAAAUAAGAUAGCCAUUAAAAUUUAAUUUUAACGGGCUAAUCGUACACAAUCUUCAUGUAAUCAAAAUAUUUGUCGUAUUAUACAGUAAGCUACAGGAUUUUGUUAGCCAAUAGGCUCAAGUUUUAAAAUAUUUGUGGAGUGAUUCUUCUAACAGAAUCUCAGCCUAAUUGAUUAUUAUGUAAAAUACAUUUGGUCCUUUACUAGGGUCUUGAUAAAAUUUCAACAGUGCCAAGUUAAAAUUACAUUAUUAUUUACUAAUCGAACAUGGCAGUUAGAAGACAACUUGAUAAAAACAUAAAAAUAAUUUUGAAAUGGUUCAUUAUCUGCUGUUUGAUUCCCUCGAUUACGAAUAAUUCGUAUUGGCCAGUAUUUAUUUAUAUAUCGGGGGUUUUCACUAGGUGCAGUGAUAAAAAUAUAGCGUCCCUACAAGAGAUAGAAUCUCUCGUAAACUAAAGGCUGCUUUUGUCGAAUGUGAUAUAAACAGUGUCACUGUGCGAUGGAUUGUAUAAGUUUUAGAGAUUUUAUAAAUUUUAUGGGUAACCAACGGUCAGUGAAGACAUUAAUCGUAUUAUAAUACAUUGUGGGUGAAGUACUAAAUAUCGUCGUUAACUGAAGUAACUUUACAUGUUCAAAGUUUUUGCGAUCAAUCCCUUGUCUAUAUAAGACUUGCUUUAAAUUUAGAAAUUGUUCGUAGCUUGGAUGCACUGCAAUGUCUUUUAGUAGCUCCAGAACAGAACAGACAAAAGACAGAAGAAAAAUAAUUUUGAUAAAAGUUCGUUUUUUGUUGUACUACUACAACAAACUCGGUAAUUAUAUUCAUAGUCAAUUACUAAAAUUUUAAACGGGGGUAUAUACUCAUAGGAACAGUAAUGGAACACAAAAGUGUAAUUCAUAGUACAUGUAGAUUACAUUUUUUCAAAUAAUAAUACGUCAAACGUAUGUAAAUUCAAUAUGAUUGAUACAUUGCGCUUUAAAAGUGGCAUUUCUGAUCGAUAAUUAUGUCAUUUUGCUUCUUUAUUAGUAGAGUUCUAGUAGUGCUUCACCAGUCCUGCAAAUACUAUAUCACAAUUAGUAAUAUAAACGCAUAGUGGCCAAAGGCCAGGGAGUUAAAUAACCUUGUAUUAAAGUAAUAGUAGUUCAGAUCACGAUCUCAUUUUGAUCAGGCUCAGUCGAUAGCAGUAAACUAUUCUAUCGGUUAUACAAAAAUCUAAUAAUAAUCGGUCUGGGGGUCUUCGAAACUAUAUUGCGAAGUCCGGUGGAACAUUAGUGGCCAACUAUAAAAUAUAAUCGCUCUGAUAUUAAGGGCGAUGUAGCCUUUUAAUUUAUAUCUUUAAGGGCAUUAACCUUUAUUGUUAUUAUUGCUCAGCAAAUUUUACAGAUAACCAGUUUUAGAAAAUCUUAGCAAUGUGUACUAUAUUUUUCUUGGACAAAUAAUUUAAAACAUAAUUAGUAUUUCUUUUUCGAAAAAUGUCCUAAUAAAUGUGUGUUUUUACGAUAUUUUAACAUUAAAUACUGCAAUAUUAAAGUACUGUAGCAAAUUUACAGAAUACUCAUGUAAUUGUAGUCAUUUAUAAGAUUAUUUUUGAAAAUUCAUAUCAAAUACUGGAGGUAUUUAUCCAUAGAUCAAAACUUCUGUAUUAUUAUAUAACAUAAUUAUAUAAGAUGCUCAAGUUGUCCUUUAGUAAGUUGGCCACGAUUAAAUUUGGAAAAUGUUAUGGGCAAUUCAAUUGAUGAAAAUAUUUAUAGUAGUUUUUUAAAAGCGCUAAUGAAUAUCUUACUCUGGAAAAUAUUAAUAUCUCAAGACCAGAGUGGAUUAGCACUCCAAUUGGGCAAUCGUUAGGAUACUUACAUCGAAUAAAAAAAGUUUUAAUAAUAAUUAUAUUCAUCGGGCAGAGUCAACAGUGACGAGGAUUUUACAAUUAUAUUGUGAUGGGUUCAUCCAUGACAUAUUCAUAGCUAUAGUUGUGAUUACGAGCAGGUUGUGCUAUUAAUUCUCAAUUUUGAACCUCCUAAAUUAACAUAAUGUUUUUCAUAUAUUUUUUUUAUUCUUUCCAGUACAUUGCUACAAAUGACAAAAAUGCAUAUUACGUAUCAUUUUUAGGUUGUAACUUUAUUCUUAAAAAUUAUUUUAUACACCUGCGAUGCUCUCUACUGUUGUGAUUUUAUAAUUUAUAGGAGUAUUAAGGCUCGCGUACAUUAGGAUGGUACACUAUAUGCGCCGUAAAGUUAUCAUCUACGAGUAUGUUGCCGCCGUUAUGACAUUUUUACCUUCAUCCAAAAAGGAGGAGGAUAUUGUCUUUUUUUAUGAAAUCAUAAAAGCAUUUGUAAAUUAUACUAAUACCUCGGUAAUAUCAAUUAAUCCUCGUGGCGCUGGUAGGCCUAAAGUGUGCGAGCCUGAGAACAUAUGUAUCUAAUUAAAAUUAAAAAACGUCUUGUGAUUAUUCCCGACCCGAUUUAAAACAAAAGAUUCUUUUAUUUUCUUGUAUUACUACAUAUUGUAUAUUUAUAUACAAAUUGGGAAAAUUUUGUCUGCUGUCACAAUAUUAAAAAAGAAUUUCAUGAUAUUAUAAAUGGAUAUAUAAUUGUGAAACUGCGCAGGCAAAAGAGUUAAUCGCGUAUAAUGAAGUAACUGACCUAAUAUGAGAAGUACAAUUUCUUUACCUCUAUCCGUCAGUUUGCAACAAGGGGGAAUAUUUUUUUAUAGUACGCUUUUUAUUCGCGCUUAGAUCUUAGUGUGUGCGGAGUUUUAAAGUGAAUAUGUUUAAUUUAAUAUUAUGAGAUUAUCUGUAAUAGGUUUCUACACGUUUUAUAUUAUUGUCAUAAAGUAUUUUAUUUUUACUGUUUACACGAAUUAUGAUUCGGGUCGGUGAUCACUACUGUACAUUCCAACGUUUUGAUGAGUUUAUUCAAUAUUGUUUUAUCACAAUCUUUAUACUCUUUUAUACUCAUGAUCAAUUAAUAAUAGUGUUUACUUAACUUUACUCGAAAUAAUAAAUUAUAAUUUUAUAUUCUA